CAGCCGAAAUUGGCGAUUUAUAGUGCUAGUUGCUUUGUUACGCUUCCAGUAGGUGGAAGCACCAACUUUCACAUUGCAGAGAUAAAUAAAUGAGCAGCAGAGUAGAUGUUAUGGAUACUUAAGAUGAGCAACUAUGUGACGAGGUGUGGAGGUACCCACACAUAUAUAACUCGUCACUGAAGGAGCAUAGAGAUAUUCCGGUGUACGAAUUCAUGGAAGGAAAUCGCCGAAACACUGGGCAAAGAUGAGAGGUUCUGCAGGUAUAGAUGGAAGUACCUGAGAGACAGAUUUGUGAAAGCAAAACGUAAGACCGUUGGAAGGAGUGGCAACAAACAAACCUCACAUAUCCUAAUCAAGCUGAGCUGGCUUUCGGAUUUUGUCAAACACAGGGGGAUUGAUUGCAAUUUGGUAAGUGACAUGGUAAGUUCCGAAUUGCAUCAUGACAGAAAUAUCCAUCUAUGAAAUCUAUAGCCACACAGUCACUCUAUUGAGUUAUGUGUUCGUAGGGGGUAAAUCUAGGUAAAACAAAAACCUCUUUGGGUGCAAAUUAAUGCUGCACCUUGAUGGCUGAUGGAACUCUGCAAGUAGAAUUAGUUUUUAAGACCGGGCGAAUGAUUGGACACGAAUGUACUUCCUGAGCAGUACGUUUGGAUAUUACAGAAACGGUUUAUUUAAAACCCUGGUGGUUGCUGAUUCGACUGGGAAAAGGGAAACAUUUUUGCUAGUGUUGUAAGUCAGCAUUACUUUCUCUAUCCCUGCCUUCAAGUCAUGUCGGAAAAAUCGUAAAUACGAGAGGAGAGCACAUGAACGCCACUACAUAGUUUCAAUUACUAGUGGGGAAACUCGGGAUUUCUGCCCCGAGUUCCCGAGUUGGGGGCGUGUGUUUACAACAAUCAUGGUUUAGCAAUGGAUAGCUCCACUGUGAAAUUAGAUGGCUUUUUGGCUCAAAAUUUGAUAUUAAGUUAGUUGGCUACCUAUUGAUUAAGCAACGGAUUACGAAAAGUAAUGUAAUAAUUUAUUUUGUUUUUACGUAUAUUAAUCUAUUAACUGUUAUGUUGUAAACUGGACAAGCUAGUAACUAGUUAGCAACAAACAAAUUAGUUUCCUUUGCUCUUCUUGAAGUCCAAUUAACGCUAUGAAUGCGUUUUGGCGUUGGAGGAACGAGAAAUUAAGCGUAACAAGAAGUAUCUUUCUUAUCGCCUCCAUUUGGUUCCGACGUAACCAUUUGAACGCGCGUCUUGUCGUAAUUAUGAUUUUCCAACUCCCUAGUGGGAUCUUCGGAGUAGCACUUGAAGGCAACAUAUGUUACUGACGCCUAUACGUUACUUACUUCAUGCUAUCAACGUUUCAGACCAAGUGCACAUGAAAUAGUGACACUGGCUGGUCCACCUCGUAGAAUUCUCAGGCCCAGGUCAAAGUCACUAAGGCUGGCCCCCCUUGAUGUGCAAAUCCACUCACCUGGGCUCUCCUCUGGGUCCCCUUGGCCUGGGACAACUUCCCCAGUUGUCUCACUAGGACAGCAGACUCAGACACUGGAAUUGGAGUACAACGCCUUUGGAUCCUCUGUCACUGAAAUGGAGCAAGAGACAUUUACAGGAAACUAUAGCCCACCGUCUCCAUCCCAAUCUGAUGUCUCAGUCCAGUACUCCAGCACAUAUGCAAGUCCCCAAUGCCAGAGCUCAAGAAAGCAGAAAGAAGUCCCGACGUCUUGGACAGAAGCAGUGAUGUCACGCCUACAGAAGACUGACCAAGAAGGUGGCUGUGAGGAGCUAUCCUUUGGACGAUAUGUUGGCCAGGCACUUUUAAAAAUGGGCCAAAAAACAAGAUCCUGUGCAAAAUUUGAAAUCAGUCAGGUGCUGCACAAGUGGGAGAUUAAGCCUCAUCGCAGUGGAAUUGUCUGAUUUUAGGUACUGACAGCCGAGAUGUGGAACGAUGUGGAAUUGCUGACUAGCGACGACACCGGGACGGUGCGCCUGGCCGUCGACUCGAGCCGGGAGUGCGGCAGCGCCCUGUACCAAGUCGACACGCUUGUCAAGCUUUCCUGCGCAGAAAGAAUCUCGCACCAACCAGCGCUGUAUGCCUGCACCAGUUCUGACUGCACCGUGGUGGUGGCCGAUACCACAGUGGUCCUCUUUGACCAGAGCUUUCAGUCCGUUUUGCUGCACCUCAACUUCGACACUAAUGUGGAUGCAGUGGGCGUUUGCCCGGCGGGGCAGUUCUUGCUCGUUGGGGAAAGGAGUGGAAAACUUCAUCUUAUAUAUGUACCACAGAAAAGGACCGUGUUUACUAAAGCUGUUCUUCAGAAAGGAUCUUCAGAAAAAGAUAAGACGUACAAAAACCUUAUCAUGAAGGAAGAUGCCGUUACUUUAGGGUCAUACCACUUGUUCCUCAUUGUAUCGGAUGGAUUUUUUCAUGUCUUCAAUCUUGAACUGGAAAACAUUGAAAGAGCAAUUGACACAAUGGACUUUGGAUUAUUAAAAAAGUGUCAGUCACUUAUAAAGACAGAGUUUUCCAGUACAAAGGAGAUCCACAGCAGAGGAUGCUUUGCAGCUGUGACCUCUGAUGCUGCCAACCAAAUCAUACUUGGGGGAGGCGGGGAAAAGGUGCUGUCCCAGUGGAAGAUGGAUCCUGUUCAGCACACAAUGGCUGUCUGCCAUGUCAUGGACUCCAGUUUAGUUUCAGGGGUGAGGAAGAUUCAGCUCCUGGACAAUCUGAUGUAUGUUCUUGAUGAGGAGAAUAUUCUGAGCAUCUGGGAUGUGAAUUUCCUUGUGAUGGUGUGGUGUUGGCCAGAGACCCCCUUUCUUGACUUCCUGGUCACAGCUGAGGGAGAAUCAUCGUCGUCGUCUAUGCAAGAAGGCACCAAUGUGAAACUCAUCACUUUGACCAUGCCCAACAGUAAUUUGAUGAGGAGCCUGUUGGUGUACUCUCUGCCAUCAAUGGUGGUCCUGUAUUCCCUGGAGGUCUCUGGGACUUCAGCCCUAGUCCAAAUGGGCAUCAGCAUGGACAAGAUUUAUUUGCUGGAAGGAAUUUCUGAAAACUUAAAAAGUUCUGAGGAUACUGUGUCAACAAUUGUGGUGAGGUGUUUCACUGAGGCCUUGCCUGAAAACAGACUGAGCCGUCUUCUUCACAAGCAUAAAUUUGAAGAGGCAGAGAAUUUUGCCAUCCAGUUUGGACUUGAUGUUGAGCUGGUGUAUAAAGUAAAGCUGGAUUUUGUGCUGGAGAAGUUGGCAUCUGCUUCUGUCGGGGGCUAUGGGCAGGAAGUGUGGUCAGAGCUAGUGGAGGAGGCCAAGACCAACCUGAGGAAGAUCAUGGACGAGCAGUUUGUUGUUCAGUACUGCAUGAAAGCCCCAUGGCCCACCUUCAGCACGGCGGAGGAGAUGCUGAACCACGCUGCCUCCCGCUACCCCUCCUCCCUGAUCCAGGAGGCCCUCUUCAAGCUCGCCACCUACUGCGGCCUCAACGGGCCAGACAACUUCAAUGGCAUCGCUUGGAUCGAGUUCCUGAACAGUGAUGAUCACAUGACAGACGUUCUGUGGCACUUGAGGGAGGGGGACCUGAGGGGGGCCCAGCACCUGUGGCUCCGACAUGAGCCAGAGUUUGCAGGGAAGUUUGAUGAGUGUGUCCUGGACUCUCUGCUCUCGUCCAUACCUGAGAACAUCCCCUCCCGGGACCUCUGCCCAUGGUUUAGAAGUGUCAUUGUUCCCUUCGUGAGAAGAACUCUGCCCAGAGGACAGAAGAAUCUUGCCAGAUGGUUGGAGCAGAGAGCAAGGAAUUUAGAGCUGAUGGAAAAGAAUGACUGGCCCCAGAAUGGACUGGAGAUGUCCCAGCUGGGCCUCUCCUCCUCUUGGCUCUGGGUACCACUGGAGGAUGACUGUGGUCUGGAGGAAGUGGAGCACCUGAAGUCUCUGGUGUCCAGCCUCCGCCAGCUGCUGGACCUCUUCAGGAAGUACAACUGCAGGCUGCCUCUGUCUGACUUCGAGAAGGGCAACACGAGGAGCAUUGCUUUCCUGAUGCUGGACAAAGUCCUGGCCCCGGAGCUGAUCCCAGCCAUAAUAGAGAGCAGCGUUGGGCCCUAUGCCCAGGAGCACCACACCUGCUUGGAUGAGCUCCUGUUGCACUACAUCCAGGACAUGCUGGAACGCUGUAGCUCACACGCCACAUCGCUGUUCACGGAGUGGGAGGCCAAAGCCAUGGCUGUGUUGAGCUGCAUGAAGGACUCUGACCUGGUGGUGGACGCCGUCCUGGAAGUCAUGUACAAAGCUGUCGUGCCCUGGAGUGAGGAGGUGGAGUUGCUUGUCCAGCAGCACCUGGGAAAGGAGCAUCCUAAGCAGGAGCUUCUGAAGGAGACCUAUCAGCUAAUGGAGAUGAAGAAGCUGCUCAGGGGCUACGGCAUCCGCAACUUCAAUCCAUCCAGCAACUGUCAAGUCAUGAUGCUGCUAAGGCGUAUCCUGAAGCAGGACUUGCCCUCAUCGCUGGAAGAUGCCCUCAAGGUGGCGCAAGUGUAUAAGCUGUCAAACUCCCAGAUCUACUUCCUGUAUAUCAUCCAGCUGAUAGGUCAGGCCAAGCGGGAGGCUUGUGUGCUGGUUCUGAAAGGACUGCCCCCUAUGGAGGCCGAGUGCGUCAUCGAGAGGCUCACCACCUGGGCACGGCUGGAGCUGCAGGACAAGGAGUUUGUGUCUGAGGAGCACCAGAAACACCACAUAAAUGUGGCCCAGGUCAUGGUGGAGACACUGAAGUUCUUACGGCAGAUUCAGCAAGGCGAUGCCUUUAAAAGACUGGUGUGUGAGAAUGACCUGAAGAUGUUUGAGGCCAUUGCCAACCUGCAGGAGGAUUUUGACAUCUUCCUGUCGCCGGAGGACUACGCAGACAAAGCCCUGCGCUUGCAGUUUCAGGAGCAGCACAUCACAGCCUAUGAGAACACCCACGCCCAUGGGCGGUACCCAAAGGGAACCACGCCAGUGGUGGCCAACGAUCCCGACGGCAAGACCAGGAACCUCUCCACAGAGGCUGGGCUGCGCCGGCUGGCCAGGCAGCUGCAGCGCUCGGAGCCGGAGCUGUGGGCCGACCUCGCACUGAGAGCUUUGGGGGUGGGAAAGGUGGACAAGGCCCUGAAGAUCUGCGGGGAGCUGUUUCAGCAUCACUACAACGCCAGCACGGGCAGGGUGCUCUUCAGUGCUGCCCAGAAGCUCUGUCACAUGCUGGAAGAGAACGUACCCAUGGUCAUUCCGGAGGGCCUCAACCUUCCUGCCGCCAUCCACACCCUGGCCUGUCAGGCCAUCACGGUGUGCCACCCAGAUCUGCUGCUGGACUGCAUGGAGCUGUGUAAGAGCACGCGGGCGGCCAUGGACGUCUACCAGCAGUGCCAGAUCGAUGACUACGGAUUCACUGCCAAGGACUCGUGCCCAGAUUCGGACUGCGACCCGUACACAGAGUGGAGCUUCCAGCAUUUCUUCAACGAGGACGGCAUUGUUCUGGACCCCGUGUCUGUUCUUCCAGUCCAGUAUGAGAUCACCAACAGCCUUCUUCCUCUGGCCUCAGACUCAAAACUGUAUCCUCUGGACUGUUCCUGUCUGUCCAAUUUGUCUUACCAAGAAGACAUGAACUUCCUGGCACCCCUGCUGGGCCCGGUGGCCAUGAUGCUGCAGAGCCUGCAGGAGUGCAGCCAGCUGCAGCUGGCACUGCGCCUGCUCACCAAUUCCUUUGGCAGCUGCCUCCAGCACGUCGCUACCAACAACAUGGACCUGGGCCUCAGUUCACAACUGCACAGCCACCAGCAGCUGCUGAGAGACAGGAAGUGCUUAGCCGAAUUCGGGAAGAGCACCCUGGCUUCCAUCAAGACCAUUGCAGUUGCUCUUCUGCACAAGGUGCUUAACUGGAGAGUAGUUGACUGCAGUCUGGCUAUCGGCUACUGUACGCUGCUUCCUAAGAAGGACGUGCUGGAGAUUCUCUGGAAGGUCAUCAAUGACACUUGGCAUAACUACAAGAAGAUACUGGCUGUGUCCAUGGUCGGAGUGCAUCUUUGCAGCUUGUUCAUGGAGGAGGAGCAACGUCAGAAGUUCCUGUCCCUGAUCACUGACACAGAGUGGGGCAUCAAACUGGGCAAGCUGGGGAUCUCCUUCCAGCCCGUGUUCAGGCAGUGCCCUGAGAUAAAGAAGAACUUGGUCCCCACACUGGUGAAGAACAGGAACAUGACACCUGAGCUUCUCCUCCAGUACUGCAGCACAUUUGACUUGGAGAGUGACUCUGCCCUCAACUUGUACAUCACAACUUUGCUGCUGGAGGAGAAGCUGGAAGAGAGUCUGGGUGUCUCAGAAGCCUCCCAGGAGGGGAGACUGGACCAUGCCGACACCCUUGAGCGUGCCUUGAUGAUCAUUCCUCAGCUACAGAGCACCAGCGAGCUGGUCGUCAGCCUUAAUGCGGCCGUGCUCAAGCUUAGUCCGUACAACUAUGAAAGAAUCCAGGGAGUUCUCAGGAUCAUACAGACAACUGGAGAAACCAUGGCCAGCUUCCCUCUCGAUCAGGCGGUGGGGCUGCUCCAGCACUUAAGCUCCUACAAACGUAUCUCCCCACCUACCGAGCUGGAGAGCAGCUACCUGCUGGAGCACGGCCUGGAGCCCACACCUCUGGCCCAUUCUCGCCUGCCCUUCCAUCUCCUCUUCCAAACCGGCCGCUGCUUCUGGAAGAUCAUCACAUCAGAGCUCAGUGAAGAGACCUUCCCCACACUGCUGCUCAUAACCAAAUUGAUGAAGGUAAAUGUGGAUAAGCUGUACAUGGCAGCCGUGAACCACAUGUUUGAAAAGAAACUGAAGCCACAGCUCCUUGAGCAGGCCAAGAAAAACGCCUCUUUAGCUGCAGGCAAGGAGGCAGCCAGGACGGCCCGGACCAUCAUGGACUACAUCCUGUGCAUCAGGAACCCUGAGUGGGCGGCGGCCACCAUACACAGGGUCUCCCAGGAGCUACCGCCAGGCAUUGAGAAGACAAAGUCCCUGAAGUUUUGCCUGGCCCUUGGGGAGAAAUGGCUGCAGGUCCCGGAGCUGGAGGAGGAUACCAGGGUGAGGGGGGAGACCUUCAUGGAGAAGCUGAAACUGCAGUAUCAGCGCUCAGCCACGGAGGCAGUGCUAAUUUCCGCCGAGCUACAGUCCCCUGAGCUCCUAAAGCUGACCAGCAUGCCGGUGCGCCUCCUGGAGGCACUGUGGGAGCACGGCAGCGUAGAGCAGCGCAUGCAGAACCCAACCACUGAGGCCUGCCCCGAUCUUCAUGGAGUUGCCAAGGAGAUUGCCGAAAUUAACAAUGUGGACUUAUCAAAGGUCCGGGACAUACUGCUGGAGAAGUGGCUGUGCAAGACCGAGCCAUCCAUCGAGGAAGUAAGCUCUCAGGACUCUGUGACCAAUAUUGAAGAAGACCCAGACCUCAUGAGGGUGGUGUACCUGCUGCAGAUGUACCCCAUGGACUUCAGUGCUCGUUUGUUGAGCAGUAUCCUCAAUGCAGAGACCUGGCCCUUGAGCAAAUCUGGUCGCCGCCUGAAUUUCAGUCACCAGGCCCGAGCUCUGUUGUGCCUCAUCCAUGUUGCAGAUCCCUCCGUGUUGGAGACCCUCCUCCACAUCCCCAGGAACAAAGUCCAGUACCACCUGAAGUGCUACAUUUACCUGUCACAGCUGGAGGCACUGAACAUUCCAUACACCGUGGAGUCAUUCCUCAACAGUCCGAAGGAGGGACUGAUCAAGGGCCUAUGGAAGAACCACAGCCAUGAGCCCCAGGCGGUGCGACUGGUGGCCGACCUUUGCUUGGAGUACCAGGUGUUUGACCCCCAACUCUGGAACGGGGUGUUGCAGAAACUGCUCAGCUUCAAUACAAUCAGCUGCUUGCAGAAUGUUCUGGAGGCCUUAGGAGCAGUUCCCUCACUCUUAGAGGUGCCAAACUUCUCAAGAACAUGGAGGAGUGUUAUUUUGUCUCCGUUUAUGACAGCUUCCCUCCCUCUUAGCCCUCAGAAGGUUACAACCCUCUACAAGACAUUUGUUCUCCUUCUGAAAUGCCCAUUCCUGUUGAACAUGGAUCUGAUUGGCGUCGCGAAGCGCUUCACCCAAGUCAACCUGCCUGCCUUCUCCCUGGGCUCCCUGUUGUUGAUCCCCUGUGCUGCUAAAAGAGAGCAACAGAUUCAGUGCUUCCUAUCCUCCUGUAACCUGGUCACCAUCCUGGAGCAGGUGGAAGAGCACAUGAGUACAGGAGAGUUGGCCGGAAUCCCCUUAAAGAUCAAAGAGACCGUGCUGAGGUUCAUUUACCAGAACGGACUUCACAAGAAGCUGGUGAAUACCAAGCUGUUCCCCCUCCUCAAGGAGCAUAUAGUGUCAUGCGGCCAUUACAGCCAAGUGCGCGAUCUGGUGGACUGUCUUAUCAGCAGGAAAUGGUCAGUCAUCUUAUGUUUCUUAUUAGACUGCAUGCAUCUCUGCAGGUCAGGGCUCUCUGCCUAUGGCUGGCAGAGUGGCGUCACUGUCGGGACCUUGAGCAAGGCCUUUGACCCCAACUGCUCCAGGGAAACUCUGACCCUGCUCUCUGACCCUUAUUAUAUUGCUUAAAUGUAAAUGUAAUUGAAUAGUUAAUCCUCAGUAUUAGCUGCAUCCACCUUUACUUCAGUAGGCACUUAAAAUCGUACAUCGUAUAAAUACGUUACAGGCCAGAAGCUUGGGCCCAGCCUCAGAUAAAAAAAAAAAAAUUAUAAUUAACAAUACACUGCUUUUUCAAACUUUUAUUACAAGAAAAAAUAGAAGUACUUAAAACAAAUGUAACUGACUCAUUUUGAAAUAAUGUAAGCAUUUUCUGAGUGCCUAAGUGUGUUUCCUCAAAAUAACCACCCCUUGCCUUUAUCACAGCAGCACAGAUUAACAGCAUCCUUUCUAGCCAUUUUUGGAAAUAACUUGUGUCAAAACCCUCCCAGCACCUUUUCAAGCAUGUAGACAGUUCUGUCAUUUGUAGAUGCUCACUUUGAACUUGUUGGUCCAACUCGUCCUAUGGAUGGACUUUCGUUUGUCCACAAGACCUGCUCCUAGUCUUGAAUACUCCAUAUAGUUCUUUUUCCUAAUACCACGAAGUAAAGGUUUUCUGGCAGCAACUCAGCCAUGCAGUCCAUCUGCUCAGUCUGUAUUAAGAGAUACCAGUUUCCCUCUGUUCACAUUAAUCUCAGACCUCUGCAGUCAUCUUCCAAUCACGACAAAAUGUUAAUCUUCAAUCUUUCAUGUCACUUUCCCUGCCCCAGACUUUCUGAUCACUGUUGCUUCCUGUCAACUUUUUUCUCUGUAAACAGUCACUCCAUGCGUCAACAUUUAACUUUCUGGCUGUUUGGUGAUGAGAACCCUUCUUUACUCAAAAUUUCAAUUUGAGCUCUGAGUUUAAUUGUUAGCUGUGCCUUUCUAGCCAUUACAAGUAUAAAAAUAACAAAUAUUUAUCAAUUCUAACAUCAGUUGUGAUACAGUACACACAAUAUUAAAAGGAGGAGCAGACAGUGCAUUGAACCUCUCUCAAACUGAUCUGGGACAGGUCAGGCAGACAUGGCUAUUGUUUUAGUUUAUUAAGACACAAUCAAGAGAGUCCAAGUGUAAAUCUAGUUCAGACAUUAGUAAAUAGAAUUCAAACACAAAGUGAUUGUUGCUACAAGUUACAUUUGUUUUUAAGUAUUAUCUUGUAAUAAGUUUGACAAAGCAGUGUACAGUUUAUUAUUCUUUUAAAUCAGAGGGUGGGCCUGAACGUCUGGCCUGAAGUGUAUUUUUUUUAAUUAACGUAUCAAGGGUACAGCAGUCCCUUUGGGAUUAGAAGUGAGAGGUACCAAUUCAUUGAAUCUUUAGCACUGUGUUCAUUUACA